AUGGCCAACUCCUGUUGUGGCUCCGUCUGCUCUGACCAGGGCUGUGGUCAGGAGACCUGCUGCCUCCCCAGCUGCUGUGGCUCCAGCUGCUGCCAGCCUUGCUGCCGCCCCACCUGCUGCCAGACCACCUGCUGCAGGACCACUUGCUGCCGCCCCACCUGCUGCAUCUCUAGCUGCUGCCGCCCCAGCUGCUGUGGCUCCAGCUGCUGCCAGCCUUGCUGCCGCCCCACCUGCUGCCAGACCACCUGCUGCAGGACCACCUGCUGCCGCCCCACCUGCUGCAUCUCUAGCUGCUGCCGCCCCAGCUGCUGCCAGCCUUGCUGCCGCCCCACCUGCUGCCAAACCACCUGCUGCAGGACCACCUGCUGCCGCCCCACCUGCUGCAUCUCUAGCUGCUGCCGCCCCAGCUGCUGUGGCUCCAGCUGCUGCCAGCCUUGCUGCCGCCCCACCUGCUGCCAGACCACCUGCUGCAGGACCACUUGCUGCCGCCCCACCUGCUGCAUCUCUAGCUGCUGCCGCCCCAGCUGCUGCCAGCCUUGCUGCCGCCCCACCUGCUGCCAGACCACCUGCUGCAGGACCACCUGCUGCCGCCCCAGCUGCUGUGGCUCCAGCUGCUGCCAGCCUUGCUGCCGCCCCACCUGCUGCCAGACCACCUGCUGCAGGACCACCUGCUGCCGCCCCACCUGCUGUACCACCUGCUGCAGGACCACCUGCUGCCGCCCCACCUGCUGCAUCUCUAGCUGCUGCCGCCCCAGCUGCUGUGGCUCCAGCUGUUGCCAGCCUUGCUGCCGCCCCACCUGCUGCCGGACCACCUGCUGCAGGACCACCUGCUGCCGCCCCAGCUGCUGCUGCCGCCCCAGCUGCUGUGUCUCCAGCUGCUGCCGCCCCAGCUGUUGCUAG